AUGAUCUCCGCGAUCAGGUCGAAGAUCGCGCCCGAGUCCCCAGUCGCGAAGUUGGUGGAGUCAUGGCCAGAUAAUAUGUUGCCUCCGGUCUUCAAAGGGCCGAACCAGGACCUAACGAUCGACAAGUGGCUCACCGCGGUUGCAGCCACAUGCGCCAAGCGGAAGGUUCCCAAGGAACAAUGGCCCGAGGUUGCCCGCCACUUCAUGAGUGGAAAAGCCCGCAGGAGAAUCAAGGACUUGGAAGCAGUAAUGGAGAGCGCAUAUGGCCAGCCGUGGUCCUGGAAAUGGUCUAGUUUCAUGGUCGCCCUGAGAAACUUGGGAUGGCACAUCGACGCUAAGAAGACGCAGGAUGUCGAAGUACAGGAGAAGGCUCCUGGAAGAUGGUCGUUUAUCAAAAGAGGUGGCGAAAGGGGAAAUCGAGACCGGGUCGAGGAACAGUCGCUUGAUCUCGGCUUCCUCGCUCGUGCUACCCAGAUGGCCACUUUCCGUUCAACUGCUGCCAGCAAUGUAGUGCAGGUGGCCACUAAUAAGGUGGCGAAGGAUACCAAGCCUACUAUGACCAAAGCAGCAAAGGAUACAAAAGCAACCACCGCCAAGUCAGUAAAGGAUACGAAGACCAUAGUCAAGGCCUCGGGGAUCACCAAGGCUCUGAAGACUACUUCUGCUGCAACGCAGAAGGAUCCUUCCGCUGCCUCGCAGGCGUUCACUCGUAUGGUGCAAGGUCUGCACCUCGCCCCAGCCCCAGCCGAUCCACCGCCUGUCAUCGCGCAAGUUCCAAUCUGGCUCCUUAACGCUUCGGAGGCACUCUUCGCGGUCAUCAACGAGCCCCUCACGGUGACAUCGGUUCUAGCCGCCGUGCUCAUUACAGUCGGCUCGAUCCCUGCCAUACCGGCAGUGUCAGCUGGGCCUACUGUCCAAGUAGCGGGAUAUCUCGCUGUCGCUGUGGGAACUCGGAUGAGGAAUCAGCCUAAGAUCACGGAGGCAGGCAAGAAGGACAAGAAGGCCAAAUGA